GUUGAUCAUGUCGGAAGACGACGGAUAGCUUGGGAAUCGCUCAGUCCGCUCCCGAACGCCAAAUGGCCAACAACGCCCGCAUCGAACACACGUCCUCCGAGGGACACGAAGGGGAUGCCACCUGCGUGGCGUAUUUCGAUGGGCAGCUGUUCUCCGGAGGAGCCGAUGGUAAAAUCCGAAUCUGGUCACCGGAACUCCAACUAUUAACCACUGUGAACGCUCACGAGGCCUACAUAUAUUGCAUGGCCAUCAACCAGCACGGAAAAGUUUACUCGAGCAGUUGCGAUGGCCAGGUGCACUUUAUGCUGCCUCCCUAUGGAGACGAAGCGGUGCAGGAGCUCUUUCGCUGCGACGAUGCCAUUCAGGCCAUGUAUUGCGAUGGUACCGUGCUCUAUACCGGCGAUGACAAGGGCGUGGUGACCACUUGGACCAACGAUCGCAUGCUCUUCAAGUACAAUUUAGUCGAGGAGGUCAAGUCGCUGGCCGGCGAGCAAAAUCUCAUCUACACAGUUCGCGACCUGGACGUGGUGGUUUCCCAGGUGGCGGAGGGCAAGUCCGGGAAGUACAGCAACAAGGCGGUGAUAGCCGGCAAGUCGCCAUUGCGUCUUCUUGGUCCCUUGGUGGAUGGAAAGCGCAGCUACCUCGCCUUUCCCGAUCGAUCGGGAAUGGGUCUUCAGCUGGUCAACAACCUUCCGCAGCAAAAGUAUAGCCAACUUUGGCACAUGCCGGACUGCCACGAGUGGAUUGUAACCGCUAUUUGCGGCGAUGAAACCCAUUUGUAUUCCGGCGGCUAUGACAAAAAGGUUAAGGCUUGGACCGAUCUGGGAUCCGUGAUUCCAAAAUCCCUGGGCGAGGUGGAGGUGGGCAGCUGGGUGAAUAGCUUAUGCUGUGGCGACAAUGGGUUAGUUUACAUAGCCAGCAGCGAUGGACUAAUACGCAGUGCAAAGUUUGUAUAACUCUGGGGUCAUCUUAUCAGUUAACAAAUUAAACAUAAUUUAUUAAAGACCAGAA